CCCAGUAAUAUGUACCCAGCAAGAAGAAAAAGCUGUCACUCGAUAUAAGUUUUUGUUUUGCUUAUUUUUAGAAAAUGUAUCAGCUUUUCCAAGUUUUAUAAUUGUUGGUGUAACUAACUAGCUCAAAGAGUGUUUUGUUUUCUUCCAAGAUAUCAGUUUGAUUAUUAUUGGUAGGCAUGCACGAAUACUGAACUUCAACAAAGAAAUUAAAAUGUUUAAAUAUAAUUGCAUACUUAUAUUCAAUGUUGUCUUUGCGAGUAGUCUUUUUGUUAGUGACAUGACGGAGAGCACUUUUGGAAAUCGAAAAGAUGGUUAUAUUGCUGCGUUUGGUGAUUUUAAUUCUGAUGAAUUAACGGAUGCAUUUAUAAUAAAUGGAUCGAAUGUGGAGGUAUUAUUAGCUUAUGACAAGGAACCGUUCUUCCGACCUUCUUCGUACAGUUGCAACUUUAGCGAUCUCAUUAUCACUAGUAUAGUACCAGGCGACUAUGACGGUGAUGCUUACAUGGAUAUACUGGUAACUACACAAUUUCAGAAUUCAUCCAACAUCCAUGAAGUAAGAAUUUUAUGGGGUGGAAUGCCAAAUUUAAAUUGUUCUGAUGCAUCAUUAAUAAAAGCAAUUUCUGUUGGCCAGCCCCUUGUGUUGGACUACAAUAGAGAUAUGAUAUUGGACCUGUUUGGCAUCAAUAAACAAAGUAAAAGAGUGUUUUGGGUAUUUGAUAAAUCACGUUCUGCACCUACAGAAAUAAUGAUGAGUGAUAAUGGAAAAUUUAAAGAAAUAAAAUUGCCCCAUUCCCAUUCUUUUUUGGAUAUAAAUGAUGAUAAUGCUGCAGACCUUUUAGUAACAACACAUGUAGAUGUUGAGAUCUGGCUCAAUGAUGAAACUAGUGGUUUUCGAUUUAACAAUAGUAUUGAACUGCUUGUGGGCCAUCCAACUAUAUAUGGCCAGGUAUUGUUUUUAGAUGUGGCACUAUCGGGUCAAUUUUUUCUUGUUGUGCCAGUCUGUUAUGAUCUUGAAUGUAUUAACAGUACAAUCUUGAUUUAUGAUAAUGAGCAGUGGUAUGAUUUACAAGUUGAUUUCAAUGAUGGCAAGGGAACCUUAUGGAGGUUUGUCCCGCCCAGAGCAGAAGUUUACUUAGAAACAAUUACUAUGCGCAGUGGAGAUUACAAUAUGGAUGGAUACCCUGACAUUCUCAUGACUUUAAGUCCAGUCAAUAGUAAAGAUACAAAAGCCUUUUUACUACAUAAUGUUCCUUGCAACUUACCUGGAUGUAAAUUUUACAGAACAUUUGAAGUGCAGUGGGAAAAGUUAAAUACAUUUGGUAAAAAUGUUGUAAUGGCAACAUUUUAUGACCUUUAUAUGGAUGGAGUUCUUGAUGUUAUAUAUGUGCAAAAAAAUAUUACUAAUACAAAACAAAAGUACAUAAUGAAAGCUUUUAGAAAUGAGUUAGAAUAUGACACCAAUUUUAUUAAAGUCAUUGUUGUAACAGGAUUAAGUAAUGAAAGAGUACCUACAAUUAAUGGAACUUUGUAUAACAGGAAAGUUACAUUUGGAACAAACCUACCAGGUCCUAAAAUCGGUUACAAUACUUGGUCACAGGAAGGGCAAUAUAGGACUGGAGUGUGUGCACAGUUGCCACAGUCUGCUUACUUCGCUUUACAACUACCCUAUUCAAUAUUUGGACUAGAUAGAACACCAAAUUUUGUUGACACCCUAACUGUUGGAUUGUCAGGUUACUCUAAAAGUUGGACACAAAUUAUACCUAAUUCUCAGAUAGUGCUAAUUCCAGCCCCACCAAAUGAUCCCUCUGAGUGGCGAGCACAACUCUUUGUCACUCCAAGUAAAGUUAUUCUUAAGAGUGUGUUUGUAUUGACAGCUAUAAUUGUUAUAAUAAUUGGGUGUGUUACAUAUUUGCAUUGGAAGGAAAGAAAUGAUAGGCAAUAUAUAAUUGAAAUUGAUGAGCAAACUUAUGUAAAGCUUUAGUCUAUUUGUUUUUUCUAGUAGGUUAAAACCAAACAACUAACAACACUUAUAUUAUAAUUGUGUAUGUUUGUAACCUGUUCGGCUUAAAUGCUACAUUAAUUUUGAUUAUUUGUUGUAAGUUUAUCUGUGAUUUAUUAUAUUAUUCUUGUCAUUGUUAGGUUAGGUUUAGGCUCCCAUCUUAGACUGCAUCAACUUUGCAACCAGAGGAGAUUGCAGUCUAGGACUAAUUUGUAGCAGAUAAAAAAAAGUUAGGGAACAUGACUCUUACUUCUUAGGUACCUUACUGUUAUAAUUAUUAGUUGUCAGUAAUAAUAAGUGGGGCUGACAACUUACCUCUUAUUAUUGCUAUCUUUUCAUUUGGGGGUCAAUUAUCCAUAUAUUAUUGAAAUAUUCAUCAUGACUGUUUGAAUUUUAGUUAUAAGUAAUCUAUCUGUAAUAUUGAGGCCACAGGUUUAUUUCGUCACUGAAUACAAUAAAUAGAUCAGUUAUGAAGAGUUGCCAAUUCUAUUAUACUCAAAUACUUAAGUUUACUCCUGUCCAUCUAUUACCAAAAUAACCUACCAUAUAAACUACUUGAUAAAUUAUCUCUAAUAAUAAAGUUCUUAAGUAAAUAAGUCAUAUAGUUCUGUGAUUUAAAAUUAAAAACAUUAUUGA